AUGGAUUCAGGACGAACAACAGUAUAUUCCGGCGGUUUAAAACUUGCAGCUGACCAGGCAAUCGAACGCAGUGGAUUUCUUGGAACGCAUCGUAGUUUAGCAAACAUCCGCUGGUAUGAGUAUAUGUUUUUUGCACUUGGGACUCUCGCGGCAUUGAUUACGGAUGGUUUAACCAUAGCACGCCUUGUAAAAAUAGGUGGUUCAUUAUCGAAUCCCGAGUUUGCUUAUGGAAUCUUGAUUCUCGUACAUUCCCUUUUUUUGCUUCUAUUUUUACUCACCGGUUUACUCUAUCAACGUAUCACUGACAUAAUUGCGUUCUUUGUCAGUGCUGUUCUUCUGACUAUCUAUGUGGUUGUACACUAUUUUUAUCGAAAAGGACAAACUUCCCAAGCUCAAGAUACUCAACCCGAAAUUCGUCUGGCUCGAUUGAUAAUAACAAUUGUUUUUAACAUCUGCUUCAUUCCAUUGUCAAUUGUGGUGAUCAAAGAUUAUAAACGAGAUGAGUUCUCUCAACGUCUUUUUGGUGCAUUUACAGAACAACGACGCCCAUUGAGAAUCUACAGUACCUUCGAUUGUGUUAUGCGUUUAAGUACCAUGCUUUCGAUUUCAUCAUUACUACUCAAUUUAUACAACUAUACUGGAUAUCAAGUAGCAGAUACAAUUUUUCUCUCUAUCGGCAUUCCAGUUGUAUUCAUUUGGUUGGGUGUUGGUAUUGGUAUGGCUCGGCUUGAAAGCUUUAUCUUAAUGUGCAUUUUCUAUUUUCUUUCGUUAUUUCAAUUGGGUUUCCUGGGAUAUUGUCUUUCUACUACUAUUAAACGUUCGAUUGAUGUAUCGAAACAAACAUCAACAACAACAACGAUAGCGACAUCAACGUUAAGCUCAACGACAACAAUGAAACCUCCUGCAGAUUUACUGCCAAUAUUCGGUGUGCUUUACGUGUGUAUAUCAGCUAAUCUACUUGCUCAUAUCGCUUCAAUGAUUUUCGGGUUCUGGUGUACGAGACAGUUUGGUAAAGGUCUUCAGGACAAAUUAUUCAACAGUAAAAUUGACAAAUGGAUUCGAGAACGUUUUUGA